AUGUUUUUCCUUUCUUUUACGCCUUCCUUUCUCUCUGUUUCUUUCAUUCAUUCAUUUUUUUUUCUUGCUUUCUUUCUUUUAAAACUAUUCUGUUUUUUUCUUUCUUUUACGUUUUUGCUGCUUCUUUCUUUUUUUUUUUUUCGGCAUGAUUUCUUCAUUACACUCUCUCCACACUCUCCAUUUACUUUUGUCCUCUUCCAUUCCUCCCUCCCCAAAUAUUCUUUUCUCUCUUCAUCUCUAACACAUUUACUUUGCUUUUCUCAUCCCUCAUUUUAUCUCUCCUCUAUUCUUAAGCACUAUUGUUUAUCUUCUCUACAAUUCGCCCAUUUGCUCCUCAUACCCUUUCCCUCUUUCUACAAUCUCCCCAUUCUCUCUCAAUCAUCAUUACUUUGUCCGAUUCACCAUGCCUCUCAGUUUUCUCGUUUUUCCAAUGUUCAUUUUCUCCUUUAUCUUUUCUAUUUAACGAUCUUAUUCCUUUUUUUCCUAUUUUAUUUUGUCUGUUUCUUCUUUUUUUUCUCUUUCUUUAUGUUUCUGAAUUCCUUUUUAUUUAUUUACUUCAUAGUCUUGUCCUUUGGCUCUCUCUAUAUAUUGGUUCGUGCGGGUUGA